AUGGAAAUGCACGAAAUAGACAGGGUGUUGAGGCAGUUUGGGUGGAGGCAACGAAUUCCACCGCCACCGCAAGACCUGAAGGAACUACACAAUGUGGACAUAUGGGGGAAUGACAACAUCGACUGGUUGAAAGCAAUGCUAUUAAUGCUGGGGCCUCAACAUUUCAUUGCUUAUGCUUCUGAAGUGUGUGGAGAAGAGUAUUGGGCUUUGGUACUUUCAGUUGUUAGUACAUCGCGAGGCAUAGGACUGAUUAUUGGCCUUGCUAUUAGAGGAUUCUUUGUACAGCCUGUAGAGAAAUAUCCAAAUCUUUUCGCAGAAAGCUCCAUUUUCGUGAGAUUUACCUACUUCCAACCAUGCCUCAUAAUAUCAGUUUAUGCUGUUGGAUCUCUUAUUGCCUGCAAAUGGCUUCCAGCGAUUUAUAAGAUUUCUGUUGUUUAUUUCUUUCUCCUUUCUGGUGACGAACACUUACACAGGAAACUUUACACAAAAAGCGUUAGUCUAAUAGCAUGCUUUCCAUCAUUUCCAGGAUUUGGUCUUUUACUGUUUCAACUGCUGUUGUAUCCACCAGUUGAGAGACGCCUUGGGCCUCUCAUGGUUACACGCCUUUCAGCUGGAAAUUUUUACUUCCACAUCACUGUUUCACUUGUUACUGGAUUAUUCAUAUUGCUGAACAAUGCAGUGCCUCAAAGUCAGAGAGGGGCUGCUAAUGCCAUUUCAAUAACUGCAAUGUCUGUUUUCAAAGCAUUUGGUCCAGCAGGAGGAGGAGCGCUAUUUUCUUGGGCACAAGAGCGACAAGUUGUCUCUUUUCUUCCAGGUGAUCAAAUGGUUUUCUUUGCGCUAAACGUGGUUCAAUUUAUUGGGUUGCUAUUGACUUUCAAGCCCUUUCUUGCUGAACCGUACCAGAGAGAAUAUCAUCAACAAUUAUUUUUUUAGUUCACUUCAUCGGUGUUCUCGUCAUAUGAAUCAUUGUUGAUUAGUGAAUUGACCCGAAUAAAGUUUGUAAUAUUUGGGAUGAUAUAUCAUUACAAUGUUCUAACUUUUUUAUGUUGAAAAACUGUAUAACAUAUGGAUUAUGACAUAGAGUUUCAUGAAUUUCAUGUAACCUUUUGUUAAUAUAUGAAUAUUAUGUUUAUGCAAAAUAUAAUUCUCAAGUUAUUUAUUA